GUGCGCGCUCCCGAGCGAAGGCGAAUGCGGUAGCGCAGGGGAAAAAACAAGCAAGCGGCGCCGGAGACUGAAGAAGAAGAAGAAGAAGAAGACGGAGGAGAAGAAGAAGAAGAAGAAGAAGAAGAAGAAGAGGGGCGCAGUUCACCUCCAGCCAGCAGGACCUCAGUCUGGAGCGCUCUUUUACACGCCCUGCCGGGUUGUGGUCACCGCCGGAAACACUCAUUUACGGACCCGAGGCGAUAGGAUGCAGUGUACACUCCGCUGUUGACCGGUCUGCAGACUCUCUGAUUCUCUUGUCCCUGGAGGGGGACAAUUCCUGAGGUCCCUAUUCGAUCGAAGUCUUUGUCUGGACUACACGAACAGCUCGCCAUUGGAGUACACGGCUCACCCCUACUCGUGUUGUUCGGAUCAGCACAGCUCAUCUCCUGACUGAGGAGAGCGCAGCAGCUGCACUGUUUACUGCCAAAAGUUCCCUCCUUGCCCCAGUCACACCGUCCUGUCACCAUGGUGCUUUCACAACGGCAACGAGAUGAACUAAAUCGAGCCAUAGCUGAUUAUCUGCGUUCCAAUGGAUAUGAUGGAGCAUAUUCUACUUUCAAGAAGGAAGCUGAAUUAGACAUGAAUGAAGAAUUGGACAAGAAGUAUGCUGGCCUUUUGGAAAAAAAAUGGACUUCAGUCAUCAGAUUACAAAAGAAGGUUAUGGAACUUGAAUCCAAGCUGAACGAAGCAAAGGAGGAAAUCACCCUGGGUGGACCGGUUAGUCAAAAGCGUGACCCCAAAGAGUGGAUCCCACGUCCCCCAGAAAGGUAUGCGCUAAGUGGCCACCGCAGUCCAGUUACCCGCGUCAUCUUCCACCCGGUCUUCAGUGUGAUGGUUUCUGCGUCAGAGGAUGCAACAAUAAAGGUGUGGGACUAUGAGACAGGAGACUUUGAACGUACCCUUAAAGGCCACACCGAUUCGGUGCAGGACAUCUCUUUUGACCAGACUGGAAAACUGCUUGCAUCCUGUUCUGCAGACAUGACUAUCAAGCUGUGGGAUUUCCAAGGCUUUGAGUGCAUCAGGACCAUGCACGGACAUGACCACAACGUUUCAUCCAUAGCCAUAAUGCCCAAUGGAGAUCACAUAAUUUCUGCCUCAAGGGACAAAACCAUGAAAAUGUGGGAUGUGGCAACUGGUUACUGUGUGAAGACCUACACAGGCCACAGGGAGUGGGUCCGCAUGGUGCGGCCCAACCAGGACGGCACUUUACUUGCCAGCUGCUCCAAUGACCAGACAGUGCGUGUGUGGGUUGUGGCCAACAAAGAGUGCAAGGCUGAACUACGGGAGCACGAGCAUGUGGUGGAGUGCAUCGCCUGGGCACCCGAGAGUGCCCAUCCCACCAUUCUCGAAGCCACAGGCUCUGAGACCAAGAGGAGCGGUAAGCCAGGCCCCUUCCUGCUGUCCGGCUCCAGAGACAAAACCAUCAAGAUGUGGGACGUCAGCGCAUGCACGUGCCUUAUGACUCUGGUUGGCCAUGACAACUGGGUGCGCGGUAUCCUUUUUCACCCUGGAGGCAAGUUUAUCGUGUCCUCCGCAGAUGACAAGACCCUAAGGAUCUGGGACUACAAGAACAAGCGCUGCAUGAAAACCCUCGGUGCCCACGAACACUUUGUUACCUCUUUGGAUUUCCACAAGGCUGCUCCUUACGUGGUCACUGGGAGUGUAGACCAGACAGUAAAAGUGUGGGAGUGCCGCUGAGUCUGAUAUGAGGAUAGACCACCACCACCACCACCCCUGACUACCCAGAAGCUCUUUGGGAUCCUGCCUCCUUCCUCCCCCACCGUAUCAUUCCACCCCCUCACCUAAGCUAAACUCCACCCGCGCAUCUUCAUCUCCCUCAGCUGCACCUGCUACCACCAUGGUUACUCACCCAUUGUGCUCCCUGGUCUUAAUAACCUUUGCCCCCACCCACCC